AAUCCAAUUUUGUCGGUGUCUCAUAUGUCACGAUCGUGUCUCCACACUAUUUUGAGAGGGCUAUCCGGAGCCCUUUGCUUUCAAUUGGCUUCCCCUGAGUAGCCUACCCUUCUACAUGUGCAGUGUAGUUUUUUCUUUCCCAAGAGUGUGUGUAAAAGAAUAUAUUUUUGUGGCAACUUCAAGUUCUUGGCCAACUCUCGACCUUCUAUUAAUAAUUCGACCGACAAAGUUAUCGCGACACUGACCGUGAAUAUAUUAGCUCGAUAAAAUCUAGCGCGUUAACCUACUGUACUACGAAAACUGAGUUUUUCAUUAGUGAGUGUACUGUCUUGUGCUUGUGAAGUGUUAUAUAAAAAUUAUUCAACUUUGAUCUUUCCAACAGUGGUCAUUGGGAGAAAUUUGUGAAUGUUCAACUAAAAGUGGUCGUUAGGGAAUAUUGCUUUAGAAAAAUAUCCGCAUUUUAUAUAAAUUCACGAAGUUUUUCGAGCUUGAUUGAGAAAUUACACAUGAAUUAUUUCAUCUAAUGACACAUGAAUAAUUUCAUCUCUGACGAGUCAUCAGUUGACUGGCGGUGUUGAAAAUACAAGUGAUAUACGAUAGACAAGACAUAUCAGUUGAUAAGUGUUGUGAAAAAUACAAGUGACAAGACUCAAUAAUGGAUAACACAGUCUCAGUAAUUUUGCUUUGCUUAGUUAGCUUCCUGGCUCGAACUGAUUGCGCCAAAAUUCUCGCAGUGUUCCCCCACAUUGCGAAAAGUCACCAGGAUGUUUUCCAGCCGUUAGUUGAAGAGCUGGCUGCAAGGGGACACCAAGUCACCGUGGUCUCAUUUUUCCCGCGCAAAGAACCACUCGCCAACUUCACUGAUAUUCCUAUUGACGCCCACGAUCUGCCUCCCGUGAUGCACAACUCCUUGCCGAUUAAUCUUCUAGACAGCAUCAACCCCAUCAAAGACUUCUUCAUAAUCACAGACAUCGGAAUGCAGUGCUGUGAAAGUGUGCUAGCUUCGUCCAAUGUGCAGAAACUGUUGAAAUCCGAUGAACAGUUCGAUCUAAUCAUCACAGAGCUCUUCACCGUCGACUGUUUUCUAGGAUUCGCGCAUAGAUUCAAAUCUCCCAACAUAGCUGUGAGCUCUUCAGUGCUGCUCCCUAGCAACAGCGAUCGAUUUGCCAAUUCGGACAAUCCAGCCAUUGUACCAAACCUCUUCCUCUCCCUGAGCGACAAGAUGACAUACAAAGAGAGAUUCUUCAACACGUUUGCCACACUCUUCAUGAAAACUGUACGCAGAUACUAUUACGAUGUAGCCGCUGAGAGAAUAGCAAGGAAGUAUUUUGGAAGCGCUAUGCCACCUCUCGAUGAAAUUGCUAAGAAUACUAGCUUGGUUCUAGUGAACACCCAUCCCAGUUUGAAUAGACCCCGUCCUCAGGUUCCAGCUGUUAUCGAUGUGGGAGGAAUGCACAUCAAAGAUGCCAAAAAACUGCCAUCGGAUUUGGAGAGCUUCAUGAACAGUUCAACGAAUGGAGUGAUAGUUUUCUCGAUGGGAUCGGUCCUACUUACUCAUACAUUCCCGGACGACAAAAGGAAAAUGAUAAUGGAGGUUUUCUCAGAGCUUCCUCAGAAUGUUGUCUGCAAGUGGGAGAGUGAUUCUCUGCCAAACAAACCCGACAAUGUCAAGAUUUUGAAAUGGCUACCACAAAGAGAUAUUCUAGCGCACCCGAACGUGGUUGCCUUUGUGACCCACGGCGGAUUGUUAGGUCUGAGUGAGGCGGCAUUCGAAGCAGUGCCCAUCAUUGGAAUUCCGAUGUACGGUGACCAAGGCACCAAUGUUCGUGCCUUCGAGGCAUCAGGAGCUGGACUCUUCCUGUCCUACUCUACAAUCAACAAGCAAUCUUUCAAACAGGCAUUGCAAGCUGUCGUCAACGACAAAAGGUACAAAGAAAAUGCUCAAAGGAUGUCGAACGCAUACAGGGAGAGAAUCCUGCCACCUCUGGACACAGCUGUUUAUUGGACUGAGUACGUUCUCAAGUUUGGAGGCGCCAAGCACCUCCAAGUGGCAUCGGUGCAUAUGCCUUGGUACCAGUACUUACUUCUCGAUGUCCUGUUAGGGGCAGCAGUCGUCAUCUUCCUCAUUCUCUACAUUGUUUAUAGGGUUGCAAGACGGAUAACAACAUUCAUCCUACCCUAUUUGACUAUAAUCACAGUGCACAAGAAAGGUGAUUGAUGUAAGACAUUAUAAUGUUGCAUUUUUUAUUGUAACUUGCCACACAACUAAGUUACACAACUGAGUAAUAAUAUUUGUAUUACAGUAUCAGAUGUGAACUUUACCCCAUGUUGAUCUAAUCCUCUGUUCGAAAAAAAUGUGAUUAGGCUACCGGUAUUUUAGGAAACAUUCUGAGUCAAUAUAUAAUAUUGUAUUUGUAAUAAUAAUGUAUUAUUUGUAAUAAAAGUCAGUGAAUUUGUA